AUGCUCGGUUCAAAAAACUGGCCUCCUAUUCGGGGCGUUCAUCGAUUCAGUGCUUUCGUCCUAAUCAUCACCCCUAUAAUUGCAGUCUAUGGACUGCUCUAUGUUCCCCUACGAUUCAAAUCAUUUGUAUGGGCAUACUCGUAUCUUAUAUUCACAACUCUGGGCUACCAUCGUCUCUGGGCACAUCGGUCCUACAACGCCUCGCUCCCGCUGCAAUACGUCUUGAUUAUUGCCGGCUCUGGAGCCGUUCAAGGAUCCUGCUAUUGGUGGGCUCGCCGACAUCGAUCGCAUCACCGUUAUACCGACACCGAUGGCGAUCCGUAUAACUCUCAAAGAGGACUAUUUUGGACGCACAUAGGGUGGAUGUUGUUCAAAACGGAUCUCCGCUCGGGGACUGCCGACGUCUCGGACCUACGCAAGAACGAUCUGGUGCAAUGGCAGCAUAGCUGGUACCUCUAUCUCCAAUUCGUCGUGGGAUAUGCACUCCCUACUAUGAUACCUGGUAUCUGUUGGGGAGAUUGGGCGGGUGGCCUGUGCUAUGCAGGUGCCCUUAGAAUGACUUUAUGCCACCACAGCACCUUCUGUAUUAACUCGAUCGCGCAUUACCUCGGAGACGCACCGUACGACGAUAAACACACUCCACGUGACAACUUCCUUUCGGCCCUUUUGACGAUGGGCGAGGGAUACCACAACUUUCACCACCAAUUCCCGAUGGAUUAUCGCAACGCUUUCCGAUGGUAUCAGUAUGAUCCGACGAAGUGGUUUAUCGCUCUGUGUGGUGCUGUUGGCCUAGCCAGUAGCCUGCGCGAGUUUCCGAGUAACGAGGUGGAGAAGGGUGCUCUGACAAUGAAAUUGAAAGAGCUGAAAGGCGUGCAGGACGGCUUGCAGUGGCCAGUUCAGGCGGAUCGCCUUCCACUUAUAUCUUGGGAGAGCUUCCAAGAGCAGUCGAAGGAUCGUGUGCUCAUUCUUGUGUCAGGAUAUAUACACGAUGCUUCGGGUUUCUUAGACGAGCAUCCUGGUGGACCGACUCUGUUGGCUACGUCCUCGGGAAAGGACAAUACGUCGGCUUUUUUCGGUGGGACCUACGAGCAUUCAAAUGCUGCACAUAAUCUUCUAGCGAUGAAGCGAGUUGGAAUUCUCGCUGGCGGCGUCGAGUGUCUAGGGAAGUCCGACCAUGCGGUGCCACCUUCGCAAAGACUUUACAUCGCUCAAGUGACCCCGGGAAAGUGA